AUGGCCGGAGCCAACACACCCACGCACACCAUGGACGAGUAUGACGAAGCGGUGCUGUUCACGUAUGCACUGCUGGAGUCGCGGCUGGAGCGAUUGGAGUACCUGCUGAGCGGGCCAAAGAAGCAGGGCGAGGAGAAGCCACAGACGGUACCCGACCGCAUCCACAGCAUCGAGCAGUCGCUGCAGCAGCUGGCGGGCAAGACGGCGCUGCUGGACAGUGUGAACGAGCUGUUGACCAAACACAAAGACGUCCUCACCCCGGAGCCCUCCACUACAGAAGAUCCCAAUCCCCUCUCCGCCUCUCAAAAGUCGGUCCUUGUAGUUGAGCGCGCGACCUCCUUCGCGACCACGGCCUCGCAGCUCAGAGCCCUCGACGACCAGCAAAUUCCCACCACCGACGGCUUCGCCAAGCUCGCCAAGCUACGCCCACGCAUCGCAGAAGCAGAGCAGCGGCAUCUGCAGCAGGCAUUGAAGAUUGCCGAGCUCCGGAGACGAAGCGGGCUGUUGGUGCAGAGAGACAAGCAGGUGCACUGGGCUGCGGCAGGCAAGGUCUGGGCGGGCUAUCAGGAGAGGCUUGUGAAGCGCUACCGGGCGUUGCAGCGGGAGGAGGUCAGGAGACGGCCUGAGAGGGGGGGCAGUGAGAGUGCAGAGGGCGAGAGUGAGCUGUGA